CAGCUGAACAUCUGACCUCCUGCAGCCGUCUGACCUCUGACCUCUGACCUCUGAAGGAGCCAUGAGCCUUCAGCAGAACUCUCUCGGUCCUGGUGACACCUUUAGUCUGUCUGCUUCUCUGGCUCCUCCCCCUCCACGUUGCCAUAGCGAUGAAGAAGAGGAGGAUCUGAACAAGGCUUUUGAUGUUCAGGGUUUUCAGGAGAUCCUCUGUCCUGCAGCUCGCAGCCCACCGGAGAAACGCCGAGUGUACGACGAGCAGGACUACGAGGACCACCGUCACUUCUCUCCCCACGUCCAUCAUCCUCUGUCCAAACCCCCCGCUGACAUCAGGAGGAGGAGGACCAAUGAGGAGGAGAGGCGAGGCUCCGCCCCUAACGCUGCAGCCACCAUAGAAGAAGAUCAGGAGGAGGAGGAGGGUGGGGAAGCGUCUUACCAUGAGGAGAGGGAACGAACGACCACGCCCACCAGUGACCCGCCCACCAAGUCGUCCAAUCACAACGGCCUCUCACCUGGCUGCAUUGUGACCAAUGUCCCUGCAGAUGAUGCUGACGAGGCGGAAACUCUGCCAUCAGUCGAUCUGGACGGCAUCAAGAGUCACAGAUUGGACGAUGUUCCUGCAGUGCGGCGUCACCUGUUGAGGCGGAGCUCCAGAGGGCCGACCGUCCACGUCAGCAAAGACCAGAGCAGCCGAGCCCCGACACACCUGCAGCCUGACCACACCCCUCAUGAGGUGUUUGUGGAGCUGAACGAGCUGGUGAUCGACAGGAACCAGGAGCUGCAGUGGAGGGAGACAGCUCGAUGGAUCAAGUUUGAGGAGGAGGUGGAGGAGGAGACAGAGCGCUGGGGGAAGCCUAAAGUCCCCUCCCUCUCCUUCCGUUCCCUGCUGGAGCUCCGAAAAACCAUGUCCCAUGGGGCGGUGCUCCUGGACCUGAAGCAGGGGACUCUUCCGGGGAUCGCUCAGCAGGUGGUGGAGCAGAUGGUGAUCUCUGAUCAAAUCAAAGCUGAAGACAGAGCCAACGUCCUGAGAGCCCUGCUGCUCAGACACAGCCAUCCCAGUGAUGAGAAAGACCACAGUCUGUUCAGCAAGAACAUCUCUGCAGCCAAUGUGGCCAACUUGAUUGACAGACACAUUGGCCAAUCAGAGCACUCCACCAAUGUGACCAAUCACAGAGAGGCUGAUGGAGAGAAAAACAAGAAAGAAGCCCUGCCCCUCUGUCACUCCAGAUCCAAACAUGAAGAGAAGCUGAUGGAAAAGAUCCCGGAGAGAGCGGAGGCCACUGUUGUCCUUGUGGGCAGUGUAGGCUUCCUGGACCAGCCCUCCAUGGCCUUCGUGAGGCUGCAGGAGGCGGUUCUGUUGGAGUCGGUCCUAGAGGUUCCUGUCCCUGUGAGGUUCCUCUUCCUCCUGUUGGGCCCGCCCACCGCCAACAUGGACUAUCACCAGAUUGGACGAUCCAUCUCUACGCUCAUGUCAGACAAGCACUUUCAUGAGGCUGCGUAUCAGGCUGACGACCGCCAGGACCUGCUGGCAGCCAUCAACCGUUUUCUGGAUUGUAGCGUGGUCCUCCCUCCCUCUGAGGUCGGCGAUGAUGAAAUGCUUCACUCAGUCGCUCGCUUCCAACGAGAAAUGCUCCGAAAGAGGGAGGAGGAGCAGAGCGGGAAACUGCAGGAGAAACAGAGCAGCACUCAGCAGGAUGAAGAUUCUCUUGUUCCCUCCAAACACGGAGACGAGCCCCUGAAACGUUCAGGCCGUCUCUUCGGAGGUCUGAUCAAAGAUGUGACUCGACGUUACCCUCAGUACCUCAGCGACCUUCAAGAUGCUCUGAACCCGCAGUGCAUGGCCGCCAUCAUCUUCAUCUACUUCGCAGCACUGUCACCUGCCAUCACCUUCGGUGGACUCCUGGGUGAGAAAACAGACGGUCUGAUUGGUGUAUCCGAGCUGAUAGUCGCCACGUCGCUGCAGGGUAUAGUCUUCAGCGUCCUGAGCGCUCAGCCUUUGCUGAUCAUCGGCUUCUCUGGACCGCUGCUGGUGUUUGAAGAGGCUUUCUACACUUUUUGUAAAGAUAACGGGAUCGAGUAUCUGACAGGCCGGGUGUGGAUCGGGUUCUGGCUGGUGCUGAUCGUAGUCCUGACUGUGGCCUUCGAGGGGAGCAUCCUGGUCCGCUUUGUUUCCCGUUUCACUCAGGAAAUCUUCUCCUUUCUCAUCUCCCUCAUUUUCAUCUACGAGACAUUCGCCAAACUGAUCAAGAUCUUUCAGGAGCAUCCCCUUCAAAACUGUUACCAUGGAAACAACACAGUGUCCUCAUCUAAAUGCAACUACACCGCAGCAGCAAGGGAUUCUGGGAAGAUUGUUGGAGAACCAAACACAGCCCUGCUGUCAUUCGUGCUCAUGGCUGGGACGUAUUUCAUUGCUUUCUACCUGCGCAAGUUCAAGAACAGCUCCUUCUUCCCCGGGAGG